UCGGGGAUACGCGUGGCAGCCCCGAGGAUCAACGGGAACGACCGAACUCGAACGAUGAGGAAAAUCUAAGCGGCAGUUGAGCGCGGAACCUCGUGCGACUCGUGUCGAGUGUUUCAGAGUGGAUUCAAGGAAAUUUAAAAAAUACUGUUCGCGAGGGCGCGAUGGAGAACCAGCAAGUCUGGGUGCGAGACCCUACGGAGGGUUUCAUCAUCGGUAAAUUCACGGACAUGGUAGACGGCGAUGCUCUGAUUGUGCCUUUGGACAAAAAAUAUCCUCAACGAACGUGUCCUUUGGACGAAGUUUAUCCAGCUGGAGAAUACACCAAAGAUGUGGAAGAUAAUUGUGCUCUGAUGUACCUGAACGAGGCAACUCUUUUGAACAACGUCCGCACCCGCUAUUUCAAAGACAGAAUAUACACGUACGUGGCAAAUAUUCUCAUUGCAGUGAAUCCUUAUUGUCCUGUUAAGGACCUGUACUCGUCCCAAACGAUUAAAUCGUACCAAGGAAAAUCACUGGGCGAAACGCCACCCCACGUCUUUGCGAUUGCCGAUAAAGCAUUCAGGGAUAUGAAAGUACUGAAACAAUCGCAGAGUAUCAUCGUCUCCGGUGAAUCAGGCGCUGGAAAAACUGAAUCGACGAAAUAUUUGCUGAGAUAUCUCUGCGAUCUGUGGGGCUCGACUGCUGGUCCGAUCGAGCAGAAAAUUCUUGAUGCCAAUCCUGUGCUCGAAGCUUUCGGAAACGCCAAAACGAAGCGUAACAACAACAGUUCACGUUUUGGAAAAUUCAUGGAAGUGCAUUUCGACUCGAAGUGUCAAGUCGUGGGUGGCUACAUCUCUCAUUAUUUAUUGGAGAAGUCACGAGUCUGUCUGCAGAGCUCGGAUGAGAGAAAUUAUCAUGUUUUUUACAUGAUGUGCGCGGGUGCGCCUGCCGAAUUGAGAGCGAAGCUGGGCAUCACAAAACCCGAUGAUUUUCAUUACCUUCGAAACGGCUGCACGCAAUACUUUUGUAACGGAAAAUCUGAGAAAAAGUUGAACGAUGCACAAAAAAGUCGGGACCAGUGUUCCAAGGGCAGCCUCAACGAUCCGAUACUCGAUGACGUCGAGGGCUUCAAUGCAAUCGAUCAGGAGAAGGCUACGGCACUAACGCGUCUCGGUUUGACGGACGACGAACGUAUGCAAAUUUAUACGAUGGUAGCAGCGGUUCUCCAUCUCGGUAACAUCGUAUUCGAGGAUAAUCCUGAGGACACCAAAGGAGGUUCAAGGAUUUCCGCAAGUUCGGAACGAGCGGUUUACAUGUCUGCAAAGUUGCUCGGUGUCGAUCCCGAGGAACUGAGACAGGCUCUGGUUUCAAAGGUCAUGCAGACCAGUCGUGGUGGCAUCAAAGGGACCGUUAUCAUGGUCCCACUCAAAGUUUACGAGGCAAACAACGCCAGAGACGCUCUUGCUAAAGCUAUUUACAGCAAACUCUUCGACCACAUCGUUGGUCGUAUCAAUAAAAGCAUUCCUUUCAAAGCUUCGAGCUACUACAUCGGUGUUCUCGAUAUCGCUGGAUUCGAAUAUUUCAAGGUCAACAGUUUCGAACAAUUUUGCAUCAACUACUGUAAUGAGAAAUUGCAACAAUUCUUCAACGAGAGAAUUCUCAAGUACGAGCAAGAUCUCUACGCGAGAGAAUCGUUAGACGUUCCAAAAAUUUCGUACGUCGACAAUCAAGACUGCAUUGAUCUCAUCGAAUCCAAAUCCAACGGAAUAUUCAGUCUGUUGGACGAAGAAUCGAAACUUCCCACUCGGAGCUUCGCCCAUUUCACCAGCGAAGUUCAUCGGGCAUGGAACGGACAUUUCAGGAUCACUUUACCUAGGACUUCCAGGUUGAAAGCUCAUCGGGAGCUCAGGGAUGACGAAGGAUUCGUUAUUCGUCAUUACGCCGGUGGAGUCUGCUAUCAAACGAAUCAAUUUAUCGAGAAGAACAACGAUGCUCUCCACGCAUCUCUCGAAGGAUUAAUACAGGAAAGCAGCAACACAUUUUUGCAAACGAAAUUCGCAAACCAUUCAAGUCAGAAAGGAAAAUUGACGUUUAUCAGCGUCGGGAGCAAGUUCAAGACGCAGUUGGGCGAACUGAUGGAUAAGCUCAAGAGCAAUGGCACGAAUUUCGUACGUUGCAUUAAGCCUAACAACGAAAUGGUUGAUCAUCAAUUCGACGGUAAUAGCAUUCUUGGACAAUUGAGAUGUUCCGGUAUGACUUCCGUACUGGAACUAAUGGAACAUGGUUAUCCGAGUCGCGUGCCGUUUCAGGAACUUUACAACAUGUACAAAUCGUAUCUGCCACCGGAAUUGGCGAGGCUUGAUCCAAGAUUCUUCUGUGAGGCAUUGUUGCACAGUCUAAAACUCAACAAAAAGGAUUUUAAAUUCGGCAUAACGAGAGUUUUCUUCAAGCCUGGAAAAUUCGCUGAAUUUGAUAAAAUCAUGAAAUCAGAUCCGGAGAAUCUUCGAAAACUCGUUGCCAACGUUAAAAAAUGGCUACUCAAAUCACGUUGGAACAAAAUGCAAUUCUGCGCCCUAUCAGUCAUCAAACUGAAAAAUAAAAUAAUCUAUCGACGAAAUCAUUUGAUCGUGAUACAAAAAAUGGCUCGAAUGUACAUCACCAAAAAACAACACCAACCGCGGAUUAAGGGAAUCGUAAAGAUAAAAAAUCUGACGAGUCAACUCGAGAGAAUGCAGGAAACUUCAAAAAUGCUGAAAAGUGCCCGCGAAAAAAGCAUGAACGAUAUUAAAAAAUUACAGUCCGAACUCGAGGCAGCUGUGCAAAGGAUCAGGAACAAUCCAAAAAUCAAAUCGACAGAAAUUGACGUGCUUUACGAGAGGUUGGUCAGUGAGGUAGGUAAACAAAUGUCCGAUCUCCAGGACAUGGUCAAGCAGCAAAAGAUCGCCGAGGAACAAGAGCGAUUACGUAAAAUAAAGGAGGAAAUGGAAGCCGAUAAACGAAGAAAGGCGGAGGAAGAAGCGAAAAAGAAGGAAGAAGAGGAAAAUAGAAAGAAGAAAGCUGAAAUUGAAGCUAGAAGGAAGACGGAGGAAGAACAACGAAGGAAGCAGGAAGAAGAAGAAAAAAAAAAUGCUGCAGCAAUUCAGGAAAUAAUGGAAAAAGAAGCGAUGGAAGAAAGUCGAUAUCGCGAGUUGCUGGAACAAGAGAGACGCGACCACGAUUUGGCUGUCAGACUGGCCCAAGAAUCGAACGGUCAAGUGGAAGAUUCGCCACCACCAGUGCGAAGCGGAUCGGACGUGCGGGUACCUCCGACAAACAACAACAGGCUAAUAAGAUCCGAACAAGUACGUAACCAUCAAGCGAUGAUGUCCAACAAAAAGUACGAUCUUUCGAAAUGGAAGUACUCCGAACUUCGUGACGCCAUAAACACGUCUUGUGACAUCGAACUACUCGAGGCUUGCAGACACGAGUUUCAUCGUAGACUGAAAGUUUAUCAUGCGUGGAAAGCGAGAAAUCGCAAACGCACUACUAUGGACGAAAAUGAGAGAGCGCCCAAGUCGAUUAUGGAAGCGGCGAAAACACCGCGUACACCGACGAAACAAUUGAUCGUCGAAUCGUCGCAGAGAUUUUUCAGGAUUCCAUUCGUGCGUCCGGCCACUGCGGGUCAACCGGACACUCCAAAUGCUGGAGGAAAACGCGGAUGGUGGUACGCCCAUUUCGAUGGUCAGUACGUCGCGAGACAGAUGGAACUCCAUCCUGACAAACCGCCGAUUCUUCUUGUCGCUGGUAUCGAUGACAUGCAGAUGUGUGAGCUGAGUCUGGACGAGACCGGUUUGACGAGAAAACGAGGUGCUGAGAUACUCGAGCACGAAUUCAACCGCGAAUGGGAGCGUCACGGUGGCAAACCUUACAUAAUUCCUGGCGAUCGCAAAAAAUGAUCUUUCCGGAUGGAUCGUAAAAAGAAAAAAAUGUAACAGAAUGAGUUCUCUUGUACAUCGUGGCUUUGGCAGGUAUAUCAAUCUCUAUACAUAUAGAUCAAGUACGUACGAAGCUGUUUAUUGACCUCGAUCAGGGUUGCACACUGCAUUCAUUCACGAUGCGUUUAUUAGAGUUCACGAACGCGAAUUUUCAGGGUCACGAAGCCCCUUUUUCCGGUAUUAUUUAAUCGAUGAAAAAAUCCCAAGAAAACUCAGCUUUUAGGGACCAACAAACAUGAGAGAGUAGAAUUUCCUUACUUUUUUUUAUUUCUUCGUUUUCUUUUACGUUUAUCGUUGACUAUAUUAUUUGGGCUAAAUGUUUAAUUACUGAAGUUAAGCAACAAAGAUAAAUGAAAGAAUUUCAUAUAUAUUUAAUUGCGUGUAAGUAUUUAUAACAUUCCGUUGAUAAGCGUCGACCAAGGGAAAGCGAAUGUGUACCAAAAUUACACAAAAAUCAGAAGAUCAACGGUCUUCUCCUUUUUUUUUUUUGCAAAAUCAAUAAUAAUGUUGUUAUUAAGUUCUGCAUUGUGAGUUAUAAAUAUAUAUUUCUACAGAUAUUCUAAAAAUAUGACUCCUUGUCCUGAGGACAUUUGGAGUACCAGCCUUGGCGCUAUCAAAUGUUGCGCGAAAUUAUCAACUGAAAUAAAAGAGUUUGGCACUGA